AUGUUAUCGAUACCUAAUCAUUGUUAUUCGUGAAUCAUAUUCUUAGCCUAGCCACAAAGAAAAACCAUAAACAAAUAAAAUGGGAUCUGAGAAAGUUUGAUUAUAUGCGCGUUUCUAACGGUCCUGGGGAUGACAUUCCUAAUCUUGGCCUGUGCGCUGCCCACUCCAAAGAUAUUCUACCCAUUCUUCGUACUGCUAUUUUAUGUUUUGUCUGUGUUGCCCGUUUUCAUAUCAAAACGGACGACCCCAAACAACGAAACUAAUCCGAAAUCGGAAUUCGCCCUUUUCCUUACUGCUGGUAUGGUGCUGAGCGCCUUUGCAUUGCCCAUCGUCUUGGCACAUUCGGCUGUCAUAAGUUGGACUGCGUGCACGCUGACGCUAAUAGGAAACGUUAUAAACUAUUCAACCAUGUUUGGUUAUGCCAUGCGUGAUGAUGGCUUCGAUGCGCCAUAUGGAGGCAUGUUUUAAAUUGAAAUCGAGUUUAAUUUUAAGCGCCCGUCUACGAUUAUUGGAUGUAGCAAUUUGGAUGCCGCUAGUUUCAUCCAAGACGACAGUCAAUCUCACAGUAAUAAAUAUAUUCACAAAACAAAUAUUUAAUU